GCACACGACGCGUUUGUGUGUGUGUGUGUGUGUGUGUGUGUGUGUGUGUGUGUGUGUGUGUGUGUGUGUGUGUGUGUGUGUGUGUGUGUGUGUGUGUGUGUGUGUGUGUGUGUGUGUGUGUGUGUGUGUGUGUGUGUGUGUGUUUGUGUGUGUGUGUGUGCAGGCUUAGGCUAUGUGUGUGUGCACGGGUAUAUAUUUUACGUUCAAGUGUUAUUUUCUGCCGUUUGUAAAUGUAUUUAUAGCAGUGAACUGGUUCGUGUUAGCCGCUUCCUGAUGCUGGAUAAACAGCAAUCCGUUUUUUUUUUUUUUGUUUUUUUUUACGCACGCUCGUCUUGCAGCCUCCAUCUGUGCUGUGCUCUCAAAUGCAUGCCAGCCCGAUUUCAGACACGAUGACCCGCUUGCACAGAUACUUGCCUGACAGAUCAACUUCUCAGAGUCUAACCUAAAACACAUUAGUUGUCUAUAUGUACCCUGUAGAACCGAAUUUGUGUGACGUACGAACAAUCGCAAAUACGUCUCUACAGGAAUACAUGGGCAACUGAAAUACCACGCCUGCCGAUGGAUUAGUCCGCAUCUGCUCCUCUUCACGCCUCUCUGGCCUCUUUUUGUUCUCAUCUUCUUCUUCUUCUUCCUGCUUUUGCAUAUACAAGCAUCAGUGAUGAUGCAUACAGCCUCCAUCCAGGCACUAGCAAUUGCAAUAACACUGUCACAAAGUGUAUUCAUAGUCCAGACAGCCAUAGAUUGUGUAGGCCACAGAGAGCGAAGCCAUGUAUGCAGUGUGUGCGGCUACUACUGUGUCAGACCCUGUAAAACACGUUAGGAACCAGGGGUCGUUUAAAAGUGACUGAUUUACGGCUUUUAUUGCUCUAUAAAAGGCCUCUAACAUCCUCGCUAGGGGUAAUAGAAAUGUCGUGCGCAUUCUUUACAAACAGUGCAGCCAGAAAUAUGAUAUGCAAUUUCAUGUCCUUUUUAAGCAUAUUAUGUAAUUAUUGCUGUGAAAAUAGAUCCCUUAACUUACAUUGUGCUGGAGCUGAGCAGGAUGUUGCCUAGUUGGCUGCACUGUUCCUUCAAGAAGCAGCUUAGAAGGGAUUUUAUUUUAUUAGAAUUUCUAUUAUUUGGAUUACUCUGCAAUUAGAUGUGUUAGGAUGAAAGGGUAGAAAUCUGCUGUGCAUGCUGCUGCUAAUCUAUUAGGGAGUUCUCUUCCCUCUCUUUGCUUACAGCUUACUCUGAGGUAACAGAACAUGACAAGUUUAUACAGCCAGGCAGUAUCAGUUUACAAUAUAACAGCAGACCACCAGCAGCAUGGCUCACGGUUCACUUAGGAUCGGUGUGGAACAUGUGGAGGCUGGGUUUCCAAACAGCAGCUGGGCUGAACUAGUAUGUAAAUACUUUAAAUUCUUCAUAUUUAUAUAGUUGGGCUUAUAGUUGAAAGCAUCAAUGGGGGUGUGAACAUGCUUGUACACAAAUAUGUCACAUUUAUCUCUGUGCAUUUUUGACUAUGUUGCCUCAUUCAAAGGCCUCCUCAGCAUCUUCUUGGAGAAAAUUUGCACUGUAGCUGCUUUAUGGUGUCUCAUCUGUCUGUCUGUGAGAUACUGUUUAUUCACUUGCUGUCCUUAGCGCUUUAAUUUUUAGACAAGGCAAAGCUUGCAACGUGUCUAACAGAUAAGAGCUUUCAGUGCUGUAAAACCACAGUCACAAGGACCAACAGCCAGGGCAGUUAUUUUUUGUCAAAGCGUGAAAAGCUAAAGAUCACGGGUUUAAUUUCUGAUGACAAGCACCUUUGAGGGCUGUCAUGCAUGCAGAAGGGACGCCCAGUGAGUCACCAGGAUGUGAAGGUGCUCAGCUGCUCCUGAAUGCAAGUUUCUGGUCUGCAAUAAUCAAAUUUAGCCUAACUUUGAUUUGACAUAAUACCUGUGUCCUGCAGUUUGAGUUAUCGCCUUGUAAUGUUCAGAUAUUCUCUAUUCUGUGGCAUCAGAAUGAAUUGGUUUGUGUCCUCAUAAUGAUGCUGCUCUGCAAAUUUGCUCCACAGUGAUGCUCUUCUGUGACUUCACUCCAGUAGUAUUCUCCCUGUGGCCUGCUGGAUUCUUCACUGCUGUUGGGAAGGUGUCAGUGCUUUUGUUGGAUGAUAGUUGCAUCUUUUAAGCGUAGAGGUUAAAGGUUAAAUGCAUUUAGGCUUGUCGGCUUUUUAUUUUUGUACCACAGAGCAGGAACAACAUUUUUUUUCUCAUAUCCUGUUCUUUUUAAAUUUUUUUAUUGUUGAGCAGCUUUAGCUUCAGCAGAUUUGUGCUUGCUGUGACAUUCAAAGAAUCCAUAUCUAAAUCAGCCUCAUCUUUAAUCCUCACCGAUUUUCAAUUAAAAUUUAAUUGCCCAGUCUUUUAAUAAAUAGCCUGAAUGCCUUAAUAAAAUAUACCUCAUCAUUAGUAAACUCAGGUCUAUUUCCAAAACACAACCACACCUCCAGAUUCUCUCACCUCUCUGGUGCUCUGUGACAUUUUAGAGCCACAACCUCCUGUAAAUAUUAGUGCUGGGAUGGCUUUUAGGAAUUAUAUUUUGCAAAAGCAAUGCAGCUCUAAUUGUUGAGUGCAUUCAUGGACAGUCAAGUGUUUCGCUCCUGAAGAUGCUGUUUCAUAAAUUAGCAGAUAACCUUUAUAUAACUAACAAAAAAUGAUUGGUUUGCUAUUGUUGUGCCUUAUCCUUGGCAAACCACCUAUUGUCCCUUUGAAUAAUUGAGACCGGUGUAUUUUGCCUGUUUUAUUUUUUCCUUGGUCAGCAACUAGCUACUAGUUUUGUCCCCAAGAUCAAUUGCCUUGGUAACACAACCAGAGAGAGAGGGAAGGAGGGAGGAGGGGGGAGGACGAGAGAGAGAGAGAGAGAGAGGGAGGGAGAGAGAGAGAAAGAGAGAGAGAGAGAGAUUUGUGCCCACAAUGGCGACUGUAGGUAUGCUAAAUACCUCUGGUUCCUUAUCCGGGAACUACCUCUUACUCUGCUAUUGGGCCACUGGGUCACGUGGUAAAAGUAACUUUACAGGGCUGCUCGCAAGUAGGAGGGCUUUAUGGAGCAGAAAAACGACAAAGCUAGAAAAAUUAUUUUCCACUCCAGAAAUUAAUGAUCAUGAGCUCGUAUUUGAUGGAGUCUAACUACAUUGAUCCGAAAUUUCCUCCAUGCGAGGAAUAUUCGCAAAAUAACUACAUCCCUGAGCAUAGUCCAGAAUAUUACAGCCGCGCAAGGGACUCUGGCUACCAGCAUCACCACCAGGAGUUAUAUCCUCCGCGGGCGAGCUACCAAGAGCGCCAGUAUAACUGUGCAAGCAUCCCCGAACCAGACACGCCAAGGGGACAUGGAAUACCCCAUUCUGCGCACCUACUGACAGGGAAAGGGCAGCCUGCUUCAUGUGAAACCCCACAGUUGUCCAUGUCCCCCGCCACCCCACCGGCCGCAACCUCCGCCUGCAACCAAGCUACCCCGGAGCAUCCAAACAGCACAGCCUCCUCCAAACAGCCUGUGGUGUACCCAUGGAUGAAGAAAAUUCACGUCAGCACUGUGAACUCUGGUUACAAUGGGACGGAGCCCAAGCGGUCUAGGACAGCAUACACCCGGCAGCAAGUCUUAGAAUUGGAGAAGGAAUUCCACUAUAACCGAUAUUUAACUCGGCGGAGGCGCAUCGAGAUCGCACACACCCUGGUUCUCUCCGAGCGACAGAUUAAAAUCUGGUUUCAAAACCGCAGAAUGAAAUGGAAAAAGGAUCACAGGCUGCCGAACACCAAAGUGAGAUCCUCCUCUUCCUCCUCCGGGUCCAACACAAGCUCAGCAGCCGGCGCUGUUGCCGCUGCCUCGGCCACUAACACUGGGGCCCCCGACGAACUCACCGGAGCACAGCAUGGCGAGGAUAUUACCAGGUUAUAAAAAACAAAAACAAGAAAAUCCACGAACCAUGAUCGGGGGUAGAAAAAGGACUGGUUAUUUAUAGAACAAUUAUAUAUUUUGUUUUCGUAGCUAUCUUGUGCGGUUUCCUUUAAGUCCAAAGUUAUAUAAAAUGCAUGUUAUAUAGCAUGGAUUACUGCGAAUACCGAUGGAUUAUUUUUACGUGACACAGGGUUUAAUUUAUUUGAAGUUCAAUUAAAAUGAUGUUUUUUAUUAAAAAAUGUUUUGAAUGAAGGAAGAAAAAGUAGAAAAAAUAUACAUUUUAUCAAAAAAAAUUGUUAUUGUGGGCCAUUCUUUUGCUCUGCUGCCCAAUAAGGUGAAAUGCACAAUCUAUUUAUUUCAAACAACACUGGAAGGAAAUCACUAUAAUAAUAGUUAUUUUUGGUAUAAAAAAAUAAGGCUGGAACACACCAUUGGUCUUGAACUUGUAUGUUUAGGAUAAUAAUGUGUGGAUUACCUCGUGUAUUUCAGAAAGCAGGAUUUUUUGAUUUUACAAUUUAGUUUUGUGGUGUUGAUGUUGUGUUUAGACCGUUAAAAAGCAGAUUAUUGUGAAAUGCAAUAAACGGAGUUUAGUGUACUUGUGCUAAUCAUAUUGGUCAAUAAAACAGUGAGUGUCUACUAGUUUUAUAUACGUUUGGUCGAAGUUCAUUUUUAGGAAUAAGACGAGGUGUGUAGAUAGGAGGGUGUGAAUAUUCUAACACUGUGUUUUCAGACUGUGCUUAUUAAUCCUGCAGCUCCUUUUUUUGGGCGUCUUUAAAUUAGCAAUGUGUACAGACACCGUGUGUGUGUGAGAGAGAGAGAGAGAGGUGUGUGUGUGUGUGUGUUAAAGCCUCUCUCAUGAUGGACUGAAGUUAUUUCUAAAAUAUGAAAAUGAAAUAGUUUGCGCUGUGCAUUACGUGCAACCUCAUCAGUCUGAAGGGCAUUCAAUUAACGCUGCAGACAAGCCACUGAGGCCCUCCAGUCCACACUGCACUGCCUCACAGUGCCACAAACGAAGCUCUCUGCUUCCCCCGUCCUGACUUGAACACAAAAAAGAUGCAUGCAAUUCAUUUCGAGUACAAUGUGUUAGAGAUGCUAGAUUGUUGUGGAGAUUUUUAUUUGUAACAUAAACUAGUCGCCCUGCUUUUUUCUAUCUAGACUCCAUGCGACUUUAAGAUUUCCGAAUGUAAAAUAAAUUUUAAGAAAAUCCAAAAUAAAGUCGUGACCUGCAGAUAGA